GGAGCGUGGGGGCAGAAGCACGUAGAACACAGGGAGCUUAAGAGGAAGCCGCAUCCGGACUCUGCCCGCAGAAUGAGAUGGGCAGGUCUCGGAGGCUGCAGGAGGAGUGAGGAGGGCCAGAGGGGGCGGCUGCCCCCACCCCACCUGCCUCCUGUGGGUUGGAAUGAGGUCUCUUCUGCCCCAAGUUCACGUUCGACUUAGGGAGACAGAGUGGAGUGGCGAGGUUGCUGCAAGACCGCACCCCUACCAGGUGCUGGGUGGGGUACAGGAAAAGGCGACACCAAACCUGGGAGGGGGGGAGGGGUCCAGUCUGUUCCCUGCUUGGCUGCCUAGGAAAGUGUGGCCUGAGCCCCGCAGGGCCUUUGCCGAGGCCUAAUGGCCUAAGGACGGUGCACCCCAGUCCACCCCGGAGGCGGGCUGCCGCGGGUCCUCUGACCCUGAGGCCCUAAGCACGCACGGCCUCCGGCCCCGCCCGCCCGCCUAGCUGCCUCGCUAUUGGCUGCAGCGUCUGGGAGCCCCUGGCUGGGUAAUUAACGAAGGAUUAAUGAGAUCCCCAAAGUCAACAGAAAAAUCGAUGGGCCACGGAGCCUGAGCAGCGGCUGCGCAGUCCCGCAGGGGAGGGCGUCGGGGGCAUCGGUGCGGGCCCCGGGGUCUCACCUGGACUGAAGAUCCGCGCUGCGUCGGCAGUCGGUCAGCCGGGGGCGAUGCCAGCCCAGGCCUCAGAGAGAGAGAGCACAAGCAGGGGAGAGGGGCGGAGGGAGAGAGUAUCCUAAGCAGGUUCCGCACUCAGCACAGAGCCCGACGUGGGGCUCAAUCCCACGGCCCUGGGAUCAUGACCCGAGCCAAAAUCAAAAGCCAGAUACUCAACUGACUGAGCCACCCCUGGUCUGUGUGAACCUCCUCAGGUGCUGUAAAGUAGACAAGGAAGCUGCUAUUAUUUCCAGUGUCUGACCAGGGAGGUUGCAUAGCUUGCCCUAGGUCACACAGCAGUUAAGGGCAGGGGUAGAAUGAAACCAGGAAAGCCUGGCAGCCAACCAGGACCCUGUGUCCCCAGCCCCUUCUCAGCCUGCAUCCAUGGCCUCUCCAGAAGCACAGAAGACUGGAGCGGCCCCAGCCGAGGAGAACCAAGUCGGCACGGGGGCCGAGAAAAUGGGAGCUCCUGCCCCCCCGUACCAGAAGUCCUGGCUGGCGCGGCAUUUCUCACUGCUGCGGAGAGACAGGCAGGCCCAGAAGGCAGGGCAGCUCUUCUCGGGGCUCCUGGCCCUCAAUGUGGUGUUCCUGGGUGGAGCCUUCAUCUGUAGCAUGAUCUUCAACAACGUGGCUGUCACGCUGGGCGACGUGUGGAUCCUGCUGGCCGCCCUGAAGGCCCUGUCCCUUCUCUGGCUCCUCUAUUACGCCACCUGCACCACCCGCCACACACACGCCAUGCUCUUCCGGGACCCUCAUGCAGGAUCCAUUUGGGUGCGGGGCUCCCUGGUGCUCUUCGGCAGCUGUGCCAUCUGCCUGAACGUCUUCCGAGUGGGCUACGACGUGAGCCACAUCCACUGCAAGUCGCAGCUGGAACUCAUCUUCCCCGUCAUCGAGAUUGUCUUCAUUGGCGCCCAGACCUGGGUGCUCUGGAAACACUGUAAGGACUGUGUUCAGGUCCAGACCAAUUUCACUAGGUGUGGCCUGAUGCUGACCCUGGCCACAAACCUGCUGUUGUGGGUUCUGGCUGUCACCAACGACUCCAUGCACCGCGAGAUCAAGGCUGAGCUCAGCGCCCUUGUGGAAAACUUAUCAGGCAAUGACACCAACACCUGCGUGUGCCUCAAUGCCACGGUGUGCGAGGUCUUCCAGAAGGGCUAUCUGAUGCUCUACCCCUUCAGCACCGAGUACUGCCUCAUCUGCUGUGCUGUGCUCUUUGUCAUGUGGAAGAACGUGGGCCGCCGCCUGGCACCCCAUGCAGGUGCCCACCCCGGCACGCCUCCCUUCCACCUGCACGGGGCCAUCUUCGGGCCACUGCUUGGCCUGCUGGCCCUGGUGGCAGGCGUGUGCGUCUUCGUGCUCUUCCAGAUCGAAGCAAGUGGCCUCGCCAUCGCACGCCAAUACUUCAUCCUCUACUAUGCCUUCUACGUAGCCGUGCUGCCCGCCAUGAGCCUGGCGUGCUUGGCGGGCACGGCCAUCCACGGGCUGGAGGAGCGAGAGCUGGACACGCUCAAGAACCCCACCCGCAGCCUGGACGUGGUGCUGCUGAUGGGCGCGGCGCUGGGCCAGAUGGGCAUCGCCUACUUUUCCAUCGUGGCCAUCGUGGCCACUCGCCCCCACGAGCUGCUCAACCGCCUCAUCCUGGCCUACUCGCUGCUGAUUAUCUUGCAGCACAUCGCCCAGAACCUCUUCAUCAUUGAGGGCCUGCAUCGGCGUCCGCUCUGGGAGACGGCAGGGAAGCAGGAGGCCGAGCUGCCCCGCCAGGGCUCCCUGCUGGAGCUGGGCCAGGACCUGCGGCGGGCCUCGCUGGCCUACAUCCACUCCUACAGCCACCUCAACUGGAAGCGGCGGGCGCUCAAGGAGAUCUGUCUCUUCCUCAUCCUCUGCAAUCUCACAUUGUGGAUGAUGCCCGCGUUUGGUAUACGCCCGGAGUUUGAGAACGGGCUGCAAAAGGACUUCUAUGGCUACCGGACGUGGUUCACCGUCGUCAACUUUGGUCUGCCUCUGGGGGUCUUCUACCAUAUGCAUUCUGUUGGAGGGCUGGUGGAGGUCUACUUGGAGGCCUGAGGCUGCCCAAGGACCCACCCCUGGCAGAACACCAAAGUGCCAAGGCUGGGCAGAGGGUAGCCCAGAGUCUCUGAGCAAACACUCCAUUUCAGGGGGACCUAGACCAGACUGGAUUCCCCAAAGCCUCCCCCUCCCCCAGAUCCUCACCGAGGUGGGAGGCACCGUCUGCAGCCCAAGACCAAGGGCAGGGCCUGGACACUGAGCUUCUGAUGCUCACACCCACGACUGGGAGCGUGCCUGCCCCUGUUCACCACCACAAUCAGUACAGCCCAGGGGACAUCCCAGGAAGCCCCCCACGGCUACUCUCCAGGACCAACAGCCCUAAAUGACAGAGUCUGGUGGGAGGGGGGGGGUGCUGCCGCCCAGACUGAUCUCAGGGGUCUGCCUCAUUCUGUGGGGAGGGUACUUGGUUCAAGCUCAGCCCAGGACAUUCUAGAAGCUUGCAGCCCAGCGAGCGGGCCUGGCCCUCCCUCCCCACAUACCCUGUCUCCUAAUGAGCUCAUUAAUUAGCUACCAGGAAGAGUUCAACAGCUCUCUCCUGCUGCCAUAAACCCUGUUUGUUUGAUCGAUUA